GCUAAUAACAUGGCGAAGACUUACGAUUACUUGUUCAAACUACUUUUAAUCGGCGAUUCGGGCGUCGGAAAGACCUGCGUGCUCUUCAGAUUUUCAGAGGAUGCCUUCAACUCAACGUUUAUCUCUACUAUAGGUAUUGACUUCAAAAUCAGAACAAUAGAACUAGAUGGGAAGAAGAUCAAGCUACAGAUAUGGGAUACAGCAGGACAGGAGAGGUUCAGGACCAUCACAACAGCCUACUACAGAGGAGCCAUGGGCAUCAUGUUGGUGUAUGACAUAACCAACGAGAAGUCUUUCGACAACAUCAAGAACUGGAUACGGAAUAUAGAAGAGCACGCCUCAGCAGAUGUAGAGCGGAUGGUUCUUGGAAACAAAUGUGAUGUUAAUGACAAGCGACAGGUGUCCAAAGACAGAGGAGAGAAGCUGGCGCUGGAGUACGGCAUCAAGUUCAUGGAGACCAGUGCAAAGGCAAACAUCAAUGUUGAGAAUGCCUUCCUAACCCUCGCCAGAGACAUCAAAGCAAAAAUGGACAAGAAACUGGAGGGCAACAACCCGCAGGGCAGCAGUCAAGGAGUAAAGAUUACAGAACAGCCCAAGAAGAGCAGUUUCUUUCGCUGCACACUCCUGUGAGGAGACUGGAGCGUUGGCAUCCACCAUCGCCUUAACUGUGUCCCCCACUGGACAGAACUGGACAGAGCACACUCUGAUAUCCAUCGCUUUUAUCCCUCCCCUUGUCUUCCUCUGCCUUCUUCGCAUUUGUCCUGUGAUUAUUUACUGGGAACAACAAAAAUGUAUUGCAACCCUUGACUACCAGUCGUCUAUGGCCUCUGUUACAUGCAGUAUCACAUAUCUACUUAUGUAAUUUAUUUUACAGUUGUUCCUUAGACCUGUGGAUCCAAAUUAAUUCCCUACAUUUUGUAGACUUUUAAAGACUGCCUCCACUUAAGACACUCGGAGUAGUCCAGCAGACUUUUUUUUUGUAAGUAUUUGUAAUUUUCUUACAAUAUUGUCUGACGUGUUUUGUCACUCUGUGAAGUCGUAUUUAUUCAGUCCUUAUCUCUAAAAGUAGCCCCAAGUAAUAUUUCUAGAUUAUUCUCCCUCAUCUAAUGGAGUAUCUAAUUUUUAUAUACUCAAUCAUAUAAUGCAAUCUACUGACUGUAUGAUCCAAGUACAAUCCAAUUUAGUCCCAGUUUAUGAAUUACUGUAUCGCUGAUUUAGGUGACCCACAUUCCUUUAUAUGCACAUUAGGUCAAGACAGCAUAUAAAUAUAUCUUAUCUAGUAUUAUUCACCGUAUAAAACAGCAGUGCCAGUGCGUUUUACUCAUAUCAACGUUGAAGUUUACAUUCCCUCUGUCCACCUGUUCUACUCAUGUCUCUGUUGAUUUCCUAGGCUGAAACAUUCCAUUCAUUCCUCUUGUGAACACUGAAAUGUGCAAUGUAGUGUAUUUAGAGUCCAGUAUUCACAUGUUUGCAGUACAUUUUUAGGGCACACUGAUUCCUUCUCUCCGUGUUGCUAUUUGCAAUAGCAAUACCUAACUCUCACACCUGGAGGCAAUGCAGCUGCACAGCAGCGGCAGAGAAGGAAUCGAAGCGCUUAAUCAUUGCGUUCAUACUUGUUUCUGGUUGUCAGUUCCAUUGGGGGAACACGACUGUUUUUUUCUGGGCCUUGGAUCGGGGCUGUGCUGUAGCAGUAUUUAUGGAGUGAAAACAAAACAUAGCACCAAAUGACAAAGUGCCCUUUUAUGUUCUUAUUGAUUAUGCACUUUUCUUUUGUUCGUUCUGUGAAAAAAAAAAAAGUUCUUAACGUGUUGACUAUGUUUGUUGCGAGUCUUAACUGAAAGCAGAGAUUAUUCAUGCACAACUUUCCCUGUUCCCUAUCUGUUUUUUUUCGCUAAAAACAUCUGUGCACUGACAUUGCCUACGAUUUAAAGAUAUAACCUUUUCAUUUAA